AUGGCCCUGGACGGCGCGCGGGGGGCGCGAGACGAGGAGAGCAGAGAGAAGAAGAAGAAAAAGAAGAGGAGGAAGAAGGAGGAGGAGGAGGAAGGGGAGGAGGAGGAGGAGGGGGCCGAGGCCGGCGGCUCGCCGUCCGCGGCCACCAUGGGGGACGGGGACGCGGGCGGCCGGGGGCUGGCGGGGGCGCGGCCCCGGGGCACGGAGCGCCCCUCGGCGGUGCACGGGCGGCUGGUGCUGGCCUUCGCCGUGUGCAUCGUGGCGCUGCUGGCGGUCACCGCGCUCGCCGUGCUGCUCAGCCUGCGCUUCGACGGGUGCGGGCCGGGCGCCCCCGGCGGCGCCCCCGGCCUCCCUGCGCGCGGCGGCAACGCCAGCCUCCCGGGGCCCGCGCGGCGCGACCCGCAGGCGGGCGGGGAGGCCAGCACCCCCGGGGCCCCGGCCGCGCGGCCGCCGUCGGACGCGGAGCGGGAGCGGGAGCGGGAGCGGGAGCGGGAGCGGGGGCCCGAGCGCGAGCCCGAGCGCGAGCACCCCUGGACGCACCUGCGCCUGCCGGGCCACCUCAAGCCGCUGCACUACAACCUGAUGCUCACCGCCUUCAUGGACAACUUCACCUUCUCCGGGGAGGUCAACGUGGAGAUCGCGUGCACCAACCGCACCCGCUACGUCGUGCUGCACGCCUCCCGCGUGGCCGUGGACAAGGUGCAGCUGGCCGAGGACCGCGCGGCCGGGGCCGUGCCCGUGGCCGGCUUCUUCCUCUACCCGCAGACCCAGGUCCUGGUGGUGGUGCUCAACCGCAGCCUGGACGCGCACCGCAACUACAACCUGAAGGUCGUCUACAGCGCGCUCAUCGAGAACGAGCUGCUGGGCUUCUUCCGCAGCUCCUACGUGCUCCACGGGGAGAGGAGAUUCCUCGGUGUUACGCAGUUUUCACCCACACAUGCCAGAAAGGCAUUUCCUUGUUUUGACGAGCCAAUCUACAAGGCCACUUUCAAAAUUAGCAUCAAGCAUCAAGCAACCUAUUUAUCUUUAUCGAAUAUGCCAGUGGAAACUUCCGUGUUUGAGGAAGAUGGAUGGGUUACGGAUCACUUUUCACAGACCCCUCUCAUGUCUACAUAUUAUUUAGCCUGGGCGAUUUGCAACUUCACAUACAGAGAAACUACCACCAAGAGUGGGGUUGCAGUACGAUUAUAUGCAAGACCCGAUGCUAUCAGAAGAGGAUCUGGGGACUAUGCUCUCCAUAUAACAAAGAGAUUAAUAGAAUUUUAUGAAGACUACUUUAAGGUGCCCUAUUCGUUGCCAAAACUAGAUCUUUUAGCUGUGCCUAAGCAUCCGUACGCUGCUAUGGAGAACUGGGGACUAAGUAUUUUUGUGGAGCAAAGAAUACUGCUGGAUCCCAGUGUUUCAUCUAUUUCUUAUUUACUGGAUGUCACCAUGGUCAUUGUUCAUGAGAUAUGUCACCAGUGGUUUGGUGACCUCGUGACCCCUGUAUGGUGGGAAGACGUGUCUAAGGAAGGUUUUGCUCACUACUUUGAAUUUGUUGGCACGGACUAUCUCUACCCUGGCUGGAACAUGGAAAAACAGAGGUUUCUGACGGAUGUCCUGCAUGAAGUAAUGCUGCUGGACGGCUUGGCCAGUUCCCAUCCAGUAUCACAGGAGGUGCUACAGGCAACAGAUAUUGACAGGGUGUUUGACUGGAUCGCCUAUAAAAAGGGUGCUGCUCUAAUUAGAAUGCUGGCUAAUUUUAUGGGCCAUUCAGUAUUUCAAAGGGGUUUACAGGAUUAUUUAACCAUUCAUAAGUAUGGCAAUGCAGCCAGAAACGAUCUCUGGAAUACACUGUCAGAGGCUUUAAAAAGGAAUGGGAAAUUUGUAAAUAUACAAGAAGUGAUGGAUCAGUGGACACUCCAGAUGGGUUAUCCUGUAAUCACCAUCUUGGGGAAUUUGACGGCGGAAAAUAGAAUAAUAAUUACCCAACAACAUUUUAUCUAUGACAUCAGUGCUAAAACUAAAGCACUCCAACUUCAAAAUAACAGUUACCUGUGGCAGAUUCCAUUAACUAUUGUGGUAGGAAAUAGAAGCCAUGUGUCUUCAGAAGCAAUUAUUUGGGUGUCUAACAAAUCAGAACACCACAGGAUAACUUUGGACAAAGGAAGCUGGUUGCUGGGGAACAUCAAUCAAACUGGCUAUUUUAGAGUCAACUAUGAUUUAAGGAAUUGGAGAUUAUUAAUUGAUCAAUUAAUCAGGAACCAUCAGGUUCUCUCUGUCAGUAACAGAGCGGGUUUGAUCGAUGAUGCCUUCAGCCUAGCCAGGGCCGGCUAUUUGCCUCAGCAUAUCCCCCUGGAGAUUAUCAGAUACCUGUCCGAGGAGAAGGAUUUUCUUCCGUGGCACGCUGCCAGCCGAGCUCUUUACCCCCUUGAUAAAUUACUGGACCGCAUGGAGAAAUACAACGUCUUCAAUGAAUAUAUUUUAAAGCAAGUCGCAACAACGUACAUCAAGCUGGGAUGGCCAAAAAACAACUUUAAUGGAUCUCUUGUUCAAGCAUCCUACCAACAUGAAGAACUACGUAGAGAAGUUAUAAUGCUGGCGUGCAGUUUUGGCAACAAGCACUGUCACCAGCAGGCAUCAACACUUAUUUCAGAUUGGAUUUCCAGCAACAGGAACAGAAUACCGCUCAAUGUUAGAGACAUUGUCUACUGUACGGGAGUUUCGCUACUAGAUGAGGAUGUCUGGGAAUUCAUAUGGAUGAAAUUCCACUCCACUACGGCAGUUUCUGAGAAGAAAAUACUAUUGGAAGCCUUAACUUGCAGCGAUGACAGGAACCUAUUAAAUAGGCUUUUGAAUCUCUCACUGAAUUCUGAGGUGGUGUUAGAUCAAGAUGCAAUUGAUGUGAUAAUCCAUGUCGCUCGAAAUCCACACGGCCGAGACCUUGCCUGGAAGUUUUUCAGAGAUAAAUGGAAGAUAUUAAAUACUAGGUACGGAGAGGCAUUAUUUAUGAAUUCCAAACUCAUUAGCGGAGUCACAGAGUUUCUUAAUACUGAAGGUGAACUCAAAGAGUUGAAGAACUUCAUGAAGACCUACGAUGGAGUGGCUGCUGCCUCGUUCUUGAGAGCUGUGGAAACGGUGGAGGCCAACGUGCGCUGGAAAGCGCUGUAUCAGGAUGAACUCUUCCAGUGGUUAGGAAAAGCUCUGAGACACUGAGAUCGCUCUUACCGACCACCCAGCCCAGGAUGCUGGGAGGAGACCCGCCUUGCACGGACUGAGGAAGAUGCGCCAUGUGGAAAAUGGCCAGAUUUUCAGUGUUAACGUGUGGGAGGAAAUCUUUUUUUUUUUUUUUUUUUUUUUUGUAUUUGGUUUUGGGGGAUUUUUUUUUUUUUUUUUUUGCUUUGUUUCCUUCAUUCUGUUUUGUUUCUCUACUGGGUGUUCUUCUCUAAAGAAACUCUCGCAAGUGACACUAGCCAUGAUUGCUUCAGCUGUACAUUUCCCCCGCUGUGACGGGACCAAAUACGAUAGUGAUGCAUGUCGAUGUUGCAGUCAAUUUGGAAAAAAAAACAUAAUUCCGAAUAUUUUGUGCAUGGUUGUAUGGUCCUGCCUGUGUUCAGCAUGCUUAUUUAAAAUGUCCAAUGUCGUAUGUGAAUAUAUGUUACAUCCAGGAUGGGCAUUAUACAAAAGCACAAAGAUUAUCUAUGACAAUCAGUGUUGCAAUGAGAGAAAAACGACGACGAAAUCAUGUUCUUAGUCCCGGGCAACGUGAGAGGUAAAAACCGCCUUAGAGGGAUCAUUAUUAUCACCUGUUUCAGCACUUGGAUUGUCUUGCAGUGAUGACUGUGUUGCUGACUCAUUUUCUUGGCGCUAAAGCCGUGUGUAUACUCAACAAGGCUCACGGGUGGUGUGUGCACAUGUACCUGUACGUAGGCAAGCCCUGUAUAUAGUGUCGUGCACUGCACUUCGGCAAAGAAUCUCUGCAGAUCGAAGAGACUUUAUCUCUUUUUAUAAACGUAUGCAAACUUUGAAAAGGCCUAAAAGAAUUCAUCUCAACCCUAUCCUUCCUGCCAAUUCCCUGACUAAAUUUCUCAACCGUUAGAGAUUUCUUUUUUUCAUCUAUUUCCUGAACCAAUGGCCUAUUUUACUACAUGAAAAUGAAUUCAGACAGAAUUUAUGUGUCAAUGCUCUUCUAAUUCUCCAAGGUGGCAGCCUCGGAUCCUAAAUAUAUAGAUUCUAUAUUAUAGAUAUUCAUUCAGUCUUCCUAUUGUGUAAAACAAUUGUGCACAUUUAAUAAUUAUUAUCAGUGCUGAGAAAGCACUUCUUUCCCAUCUUGUUUGUUUUUCCAUCUCAGGUUGGGUGGCCCGGAGGGUCAGAAACUCUCUGUGUGUGUUGGUCUUUACGUCUGUGUCAAUCUAACCCUCCAUUAAGUGACUGUACCUCAAGUGGGUCUGAUACCAUUUAAUGACCUUUGAUGUGACUUGUACCGUCUAUUCGGAUGAAAACUACUUUCUUUUUUUUUUAGCAAAGCUUUUCGUUUGGCAUUGACAGCUCUCUUCUACCUAGGAUUUUUUUUUCCUACCUAAGAAUUUUAAAUAACCCUUUUCGUGGCUGUAUGUCCUGUAACACAGUGCUUUUAUGUGGUUUUCUCGCCCAGUAGGCCGGCUCUCCAAACAUUGCUCAGCUGCUCUGAAAUGAACAUAUUUUCUGUUCACCGUUCUAAAAUACCAACACAGCUACUAGACCCCAGCCAAAAGCUUGUGGACCACUUUCUACUCUCCUGGGGUUUCCCACUCCUCCAAAUCCUCCUGUGAAUUAUUGAGAGAAAUAUAUUCUAACUCUCAUAGUCACUGAAAAUGGGGAUGGGGGGGAAAUACAGGUGUUUUAGAAACCAGAACCAUAGAUUUAUUUUGAUUUUGUAGCAAAAAGGAGCAGUUUCCGAAUCUACUGAACUGGAAUCACUUAAAAUGGAAUUUUAUCUUUUUCAGCGAUUAAUAUCUAUCACUCACACCUGAAUUUUUCAGCACUCCAUUCAAUCAAAGCGCAUGAAUUCCAAAUACCCCGUGUGGUACGAUUAAGACAUAGUGCUACUUAGUAUGAAAUCUAAAAGUCGUUCCACUGACCAGAAGUCAUGAAAUUUAACAAGGACGUGUCAGAAAAAUAAAAUCCAUAAGGGACAAGUUCUGAUGCAUCACGAUGGUACAUAUCACACCGCUGGGCAGGUCCAAAGCAUGUACCAUAGCCCCCCUGGGCUCAUGGAACAGAGGCAAAUAGAUAAAACAUGAGAGGUGGGUGUCUUAUUUCGUGUCCUGAAUUAUUGGAAAUUCUUAGUAGUCGUGACAUUCUUUUGAGUGAAAUCACCAUUUCCAGUUUUGAGUUAGAAAGACUUCUCGAGUUCCUUUUUCCUCCCCACUGUUAGUCAUCUUAAUCCUCUGUCAGUGUUUUAGUGGCCUUGGACAACUGGUUUAGCAACAAUGUCAAAUCCUCAAUGUGUAAAUCUGUGCAAUGUUCAAUACCUCAUAGAAUAUCUGUUCAACGGUAUAGUAGUAUCAAUGGCAUUGAGAUGGAAUUUCUGUUCUACAUAUUUUUCAAUAAUUUAUCCUUUCCAAUGUUGAAGAUUAUAUCAGGCUUUAACGUUUUUUAGUUGUUUGGAUAAGUAAUAUUUUCAAAAUAAUAAAAUGACCAAUGAUAUCUCUUGGAAUAUUCUGUAAACUGUAGUUAUAAAAUUCUAUUUUCUACAUAGAGUUUUUAUCUUGUUUCUCUCCUUUGUAUGUUUUGCAAGUCCUACCGAUGCAUGAAAUAACAAAGUGUUGGAAGUGUUCAGUUCCUAGGCUUGAAUCUUUACUGUGCCAAUAUACGUACAAACGCAAAACUUCGUUUCAAUUAGACAGGACUGAACUGUUUACCAUACCGAAUAUUAAACAUCACCAGGUGACUUGGGAAUAAAAAGUUUUCCCCAUUUGCACACGUUUUCCCUUAAAAUUUUCUUAGAGUCUUUAAGUCUUUAAAAUACAGAUGAGCACAAGGUUUUAAUUUCUACAAUGCUACGUUGAUUCCUGAAUUUCAAUAACACAGAUUUUACUUGGAGCUUAGGCUGGUUUGGGUUUAUAUUACUUCCAGGAUCCUGUGUAUCACAGGACUGAGGUUUGGCAGUGCUCUUUACGAGCGUGACCGUAUAAUAUCUUACAAGGUCAUUACGAUUAUAACGUACUUAUAAAUUGCAUUUCGUUUGCAGAGAGCUUUUCCACGUGCUGUUUUAUUGGCUCCUUUCAAAAACCUAAUAAAUUAUAUUAGCCCUGGUAGUCUAGUGAAAAACACUGAGGCUCCGAGUAGCGACAUGAACCAUUUAAAAAUACGUAGUUGUUAUUUGGGGAACGGACAUAGUAACCUUAGACUUUCCAUAAAACCUUCCUACGACGAAACUAGAAAGACAUGCCUCUACCCAUCGCACAAGUUGGAGAUUUUCCAAAUACCAGAAGCAGCAUCAAAAUUUGUGAUGAAAUAGGUCUACACUAAUUAUAUUAUAUUUCAAAGCCUGUGUUUCUAAUCUGCAUGAUGUCAAACAACUGGAUGAAAUGUUCACCAGCAGGUCACGUUAGGAUAAGCAGCCCAGCCCAAUAUUGUGACAAAAAUAUACAGUUCAUUGAUGAUAGUUUCCUUUUUUGAUCUUUUGGUGCACACUGUUUAAACACAACUUUAACAUGGUGAUAAUCCGCUUUAUUUUUACACACAUUUCUCUGGUAAGCUCUAUCUGUAGUAACAGAUGGUCAGACCACAGAUAAAAUGGUUUCCAUCUAAAUCAGUGAAAAUAAUAGUCAGUGAUAUGUUUAUAAAUCUAUGCAGACUAAAUUGUGAAAAGCAAUGUUCGUGCAGCUGCAGGACUGGAUUGGAUGCAGAAGAGGAAUUCCUGAAGAACUUUACAAUGAUGUAUUUAAUUACAAUCUACUGGCUAUUACAAUUUUAAGGAACUUUUGUUCCUGAGAAAUUUUCAAGACCUAAAAUAGCUCAAUUAUUCUCAGGAUGACCAUGAGGUAACCACAUACACAUAAUAAGCAGUAAAAGUUUGUAUAAUGAGAAAUUAAGAUUCCUACACUUGGCUUUUUUUUCUUCCUUUGUCAGAGGUCAUAGCUGGAUUAUUAUCAUUUGACACUGCUAAUUAUAUAGGACAAAAUUCAAUUUAAUUAAGCAAAUAUUUAUUGAGCACAUUUUAUUUCACAAAAUGAAGGGAAAGGGAAGAAGAGCAGAAAAAGGCCUGAAGGAAUUCACAUUACAAUAAAUUGAACAAACGCAAAUUAUGAGCCAAUCAGAGUGAGGGCGACAUGAAAAAUAAUUACAUGCGACAGAAGAGAAACUAAAUUUUUAGGUAUAGAUAAGAUUAUGCAAUUAUUUUUGUACACUAGUCUUCAAAACUUAUGGUCCUUUAGGAUAAUUCUCAAUGUUUGGUUACACAGCACUUAAUUGUGUUUUACAGAAAUGUGUAACAUUUAGAAAGUAUAAUAAAACCACACGGUUUAACUUUAUAAUUGGAAUAUAAAUUGGGAUAGAAUUUAUCUUUAGGAAAAGCUAUUUGAGCAAUUUAAAAAUAUCAGUAAGUUGCAGGAAGAAUGUUUAACCUACUUAUGUAAAAGUAGUUCAAGUUUUCUAUAAUGGGUUUAGCAUAUUAUUUGUAUAUUCACAAUGUGUUAAUUUUAAGUUAAUCAUUUUUUCUUUAAAGCAGGUUCAACAAUUCUUAUUCUAGGCAAUAACGUAUUUGUUCAAAUUAGUAUAUGUGAACUUUUGUGUACAAAAAUGUUCUUAUAAAAUAUUCUAAAAUUUCAAAUUUCGGUUCUAGAAGAGUAAGCUUGAGUUCAAUUGCUUUGAAUUAAUAAGGAAUUUUCUUAUUAAAAUAUUUUGUUUAGUGUGGUUUCUAUUCAGGAAAAUCUAACAAAAGGGAACUCUAGUACCUUUUGUUUUCCAUUUUAUUUUUAUUUUUUUCCCAUUUUAUUUUGUGAAGUCUCAUUUCAAAGUUUAGAAAAGUUAAAGUUUUAAGUUUAGACUCUUAAAUAUGAGAAAUAGGCAGUUGGUGAAAAGUAUAUGUUCUAAUUUUAAGUAUACUGCAUAUGUAUAAUGAUAGGCAUUGUAUUUUUAAAAUAAGCUUUUCACAAAUAGUCAUAUUAGUAGAUGGUAUGAUUUUAUUCAGAUUUUGAAAACAGCACAUUAAGGGACUUUAUUUUGAAUUUUUAGUACUUUAAGGAUAGGACAUCAAAGAUGUCUAUCUUUUUGUACAUUCCCGGUUCAUCCACCAAUGCAUUAAGAAAAAAGAAAAAUAAUGACCAAUCCUUCAUUUUUAUCUGAA